AAUUGAAAGGCCAAUUCUUUUGUUUUCCCCUUAGUUAUCCAUGGCCAUAAACUACGUCUCCCCUUAUUUAAUCUAUGCAAUCUCAUUGUUAUCAAAUUGUGUCGCAUCAUCGUCAUUAUCCCUUCGGAGACAGCACAUAAAUUAGAAACGUUACUUAAUUGUUCUUCUUAUCAUAAGACGUGUCCGAACUGCACUGUUCAUUAAUGUCCCAUCAGUGGGUGCCGUUGCCGUGAUUUUUUCCUUCCGUUAGUUUUUCUGUUUCUUUAAUUAGUUCUUCUUCCUCCCGUUAGUUCAAUCAUUGCUCUGGGGCGGAAAAACGUCAGCCUACAAAUCCUAUCUACCCUGUAAUUUAUUCUUUAAUUUUCUUCUUACGCCUGGAAAAAAGAAACGCCGGGCUAGACAAGCUAGGCCCAGGGGAGGUUUUGCUGUGAAAUACUGCUUCCUUUUCUGUUCCCAAUCCAUUUCUGUUCCCAAUUCAGUACACGGCCAAGUGAUCCCGCUUGUUUUUCCUCUGCUCUGUGACCAUCAUUGCUCGUGGCUGGCUCUCUCUUCUUCUGCUUUUCGGCCGCCGCUGCUUUGGGGUUCCUCGAGGUCCGGCCGAGAUGGCCCUGUAACGCCGGGCUAGACAAGCUAGACCUAGGGGAGGUUGUGCUGUGAAAUACUGCUUCCUUUUCUGUUCCCAAUCCAUUUCUGUUCCCAAUUCAGUACACGGCCAAGUGAUCCCGCUUGUUUUUCCUCUGCUCUGUGACCAUCAUUGCUCGUGGCUGGCUCUCUCUUCUUCUGCUUUUCGGCCGCCGCUGCUUUGGGGUUCCUCGAGGUCCGGCCGAGAUGGCCCUGUCUUUUCAUACCGAUGGGUCGGUCACCGCCUCAGGUCCGGCUGCUUUUGCUUCUUUCUUUUCUUAUACUCUGCUUUCUCGGUUUGGUCCUGAACCUCCUUAUCUGCUCUUCUCUGUUUCUUCGUCUUCUUUGGAUUCCCUUUGAUUUCCGCCAUGGUUACUCAUAAGCUUUUGCUGGAUGUGGGUGCAAAUGACGGCCUGCACACGUUGCUCAAAUUGCGCCUGGUCCACGCUUGGGGGUCUUACGGUUUGAAGGAUCCUUCUCUGAUCUUUAACUACUGCACCCUUUGGAAUGAUGAAGAGGGAACUUUAAUUCAAGGUCUGGCUCCUCCCAAUUUGACGGAUCAUUUUUCCGCCCUCUUGCAGUUGGGGAAUGUUUACUUUGUUAGUGGUUUUCGGGUUCAACCUCCUGGUCCUGUUUAUCGUUCUUGCUCCCACAAACUAGCGAUCGUUCUGUCGAUUGAUACGAAGUUCGAAGAUGUCACUGCUUCGUCGCCCAAUUUCUGCCCGGAGGCUUUCGAAUUUGUUCCCUUCAGUUCUCUCCAUUCUCGUAUUCGCUCGCCGUCUUAUUUAACAGAUGUAGUUGGUUCUGUGGUUAGUGUUACAGGCCUUUCCCAUACUUUUACAACCUUUGGCGACAACGUUCGUCGGGAACUGGUGUUGCAGAAUGAAAGCCAUAUGUUGCUUGAUAUUACGCUUUGGGGCGAUAUUGCACGCGCUGUUGACGGCGAGGAACUGGCCUUUCUUGGCCGUGAUGGGGUUGUCGUUCUUGCUCUCGGGUCCCUUAAGGUUACUGCUGCGACGCGAGGUGGUUUUGCACUUUCGAACACUCCUGGUACGCGCAUUCUCUUGGAACCGUCCUCUGACAUGGCAGAUGUAAUUCGAUCAGCUAUUACCCACCGAGGUUUGCAACUCCUGCCGAGGCUGCUGCUUUUGAGGAUUCGUGUACGAAAACUGUUGCGGCGCUCCUGGACAUGUGUCGUUCUUCCACCAUCGAUGUGCGUUUUUGGAGAUGUUGCUUGCUGUUUUUGUUGUUCUUAGGACGUGUCGGUCGUUUUUUGGGGUUUUCAAGAGCCUUAUUAGUCUGCGUGGUUAUUUUUGGGUUUGUUUUCGAAGAGAUUUUUUGCUGUUUCUUUCUUCGCUGCUCUCGAAAUAUUGCUGCACUUGGUUUUUCUCUCAGAACACUCGCUACCACUGUUCCGCGGAUAUUAUUUCGGUUGACGCAGACAGCCAGUGGUAUUAUCUUGGUUGUGGUCUUUGUUCGAGAGCAGCGAAGGAUUAUGAUGGUGUGGACCUCUGGUGCGAUGUGCAUCGCCUAUUGAAGGCAGACCAAACAGAAAAUCGGUAUUCUGGUCUUAACUUUUGCGUUUCUCGCUCUGUACCUCUUCUUGUGUUUGAUUUGUCUUUGCUCAUUGUAGCUAUAAGAUCCGCUUGACUGUGGAAGAUGGCACCGCAUCUGCUACAUUUGUCCUUAUGGGGAAGGUUGCUGAUGCUCUUGUGGGGGCUACUGCCCCACAACUUUCGGAUCGCUUCCCUUACCAACGCGGUCAGCUGCCUCCGGAGAUUUUGGCUAUGGACGGCCGUCGUUUGACUUUUGAUGUGCAGCUCCCUAAACCUCAGUACAUGUCCCGUGGUAUUCUUGACUUCACCGUCGUAUCGGUCUCUGACCAAAGCCAACCAAGCCCUGCCACUCCCCGUUUGGUUGGUCGUUGCAAAGAUUUAGACACCCUGUCGCCUAACUCUGCUAGGUUCGAACUAUUGCGCAUUUUUGGGUGCAGUACUUUUUCCUUUUUGGGUGUGUGUGCUUUCUUCUUAUGCACACUACUUUUGUGUCCUUUUGCAGUACAUUUUUCUGCUGUUUUUCUCUGGUUGUGUUUUCUUUUACUUUUCUUUCCAUUUCUAAUCUUUGGUUACUUACACGGCUUUUACCUGCAGUGGCAGUACUUCUGGAUUCUCCUCUCCUCCCCCUGCCCCAUCUUUGAGUUUGUGUGCUUUUCAUUCGUUACGUGUGUACCGCUUUCCAUUAGCAGUAAACCUAUGCUUGCUUUGGUGCUAUUGUCUGUGUUACUAUUUGUGCUCCCCGUGUUUUGGACCUGUUGAUUGUGGCGAGUGAUUGUGCUUUUUGUCUGCGAUUUUUCUUUAUCCUAAUGUGUUUGUUCUGUUUAUGGCGUUUGCUCGGUUCAGUUUCCAUCCUGGAACGCCUGCAGGCCGGCCAACUUUGUAUGCGAGGUGGGGCGUCUUUCCUGAUUUUUUUUGCGUUCCAUUUGCUGUCCCUUUUUUUAACCGCACAUCAUUAAUUCCCCUCCUUACUUAUCUUUUCUGUGAACGGUCAGGCCGCGCUCCGUAGCUGUUGCUCAGUUGGAUGAACCGCAGCCUGCUUCUGAGUAAUUCCUGCCCUUACACCUCAAGCCUAUUUGCCUUCCUGUUUAUGAUUUCUCUUUUUUCUUUGAAUCAGCCGUGUUGAAUUGGAUACUGUUGCCGUAAUCGUUCCACCAAAGGAGCAUCGGUCAUGCGAAAAGAGUACAGAUAAAACUACCUCUAGAUCGAGGUUCGUCCUUCUAUUGUAAAUGUAGAGUGUUUGUGUAUCUUGCUUUGUUUUGCUACGGUUUACCCUUAUUGGUGUUGAACCCGGAAUGGUCCGUUCGUGCAAAAGAUGAAUAGGGGAAAUGUACGAUUUAGAAAUGACACCGUUCUUUUUCUUUUUUUAAAUCCUUUCUCUUAUAGAUUUGAUGCUGUGAUAUUUUACAUACUAAGUACGUUUGGGAAUAUGGUUGUGUUUUUGGCUUGUGAAAGUGGAUGACUAUGGAUUUAUGUUCCUGGAAAUGGAGAGACAUCGCGUGUAUACCUAUUCUGUACCCUUGUCAAUGAGGACAUGUUAUUUGAAGACGUGCCGUAUUGGGACGUUUCUUGCGAACAUGUUCUUUCCAGUUAUAUUUAUACCUUCAGAUUUGAUGCAUUGAGUUGCAUUUUUGGGUGUCCUCUUUGGUUCAGUUCCAGUUCGCAUUAGAACAUGAGCUCCAUGCUAUGCUGCAUUUAGUAUUGUAAAGCAAAACAUACCUAUGUUUCUAUUUGGUAUACGCCGGAUGGUCAUGUUGUCUUAGGGACUUGAUGUGGUUCUUUAUAUACUCAGUACGUUACGUGCGUGGUUUUUGCCUCAUUUAGAUGAUGGUAGCAUACUCUGAUUGAAUACGUGUUGGACUUCCCCUCCACUUUGCUCUGUUAAACUGUGAACAUGAUAUGUGAUCUACCUAAUUCAAAUGUCGUGUUGGUUGGGGCGGUUCUUCUCCGCUUCUAGGUCUGCCCUUCUUGCUACUUAGUAGACAGUCAGAGACCUGCUUUGUAUCGAUCCGCUUUAAGUAUAGUCCAUGUCUGCAAGUUUGGGAACUUCAUGUUACGUAUUUACGAAUUCUAAAACGGUUGUAUCUUUUUUUUUUUUUUUUGAAUUUGUGAACUCUUUUUUACGUGAGGCUUAGAAUGGCU